CACUUUUGUGUUUCGUGCACACUCUAUCUCACAUACACACACUGAUAUUAUACUAUAUAGAUAGAUAUACAUAUGUGUUUGUAAGUUCCUUUUGGUUGAUAUAAAAGAAGAGGAGAAGAAGAAAAAGAAAGCACAGCACCAAAAAACCUUCUCACAGCUAAAAUCAUUUCAAGACAAAUUUAGCGCACAAAAAAAAAUCACUUCAAGACAAUGAAGCUAAUUAGUAUCACCUUCUUGCUUUGUGCAUUGGUUUUGUUAUUGCUUCUAACUCCAACAUCUUCUCUACAAGUCCACCCUCGCUACUCAUCUCCUAGCCAAGCAGGUGAAAGCGAAAAGAUUUUUAUUAAAAUGGCGCCAAGGAAACUCAUGAUCAUCUCUAGUGAACAUGUAAAUGUGAUGAAGCCAGGUGCUCCUGAAGGUUCAAGCGAACAACUUCAAGUCACUUCUUCCUCUGGAAAAUCUAAGAGUGAAGAGAAGAAAAUAGGUGAAAAGGAAGAGGAGAAUGCUCUAUCGAAAUAUCUAUCAAUGGAUUAUUCAAAAUUUAGAAGAAGACGGCCAGUUCACAACCUCUAAGUCCAAUUGCAUUUUUCAAUACAACUUUUAAUUUCAGCUAGAUUAAUCAAUUAAUUAAUUAAGAUAGUGUAGGAUAGUUUAGUAGUUGGUAUAACAUACUAGUUAGUUUCUUUGGGAAUAUUAAGGAACAAGUUUUAGGGAGAUUGUUGUAACGGAAUUGUUCGUGUUUAUUCUUUCUCUUCAUAGAUUUACUUUUAGUUAA